GCAGACUACGAACCAGCCAAGCACUCGAUGGAAGCCUGAGUAGCUGCUCUGUGUAGAUCUGAGAUUCUGAAGACUUCUAGAAUUAAGUCUGAGGCUGCCUACAAAUAGACAGUUUAUUGGAGGCUGAAGCCUGCUUGGGUGAGAUCUGGGUGGUUAAAAAAAUCCAUGAGCUGGCUCCAUCAUGGAGGCAAUCGGCAAGUUCGACUUCACCGCCACGGCCGAUGAUGAAAUGAGCUUCAAGAAAGGAGACGUAAUUAAGGUUUUGGGAACUAAGGAUAACUGGUUCAGAGCUGAAAGACAUGGUCUGCAGGGCUUCGUUCCAAGAAAUUACAUUACCCUCGACAUCCCCAGCUGGUAUCAGGAGGACAUGAGUCGUCGAGCAUCUGAGAGCGCUCUCAUGCCCCAACCAAUAGGAUCGUUUAUCAUCCGUGGCAGCCAGAGCUCUCCGGGAAAUUUCUCCAUCUCUGUCAGGCAUGAGGCAGACGUGCAGCAUUUUAAGGUGCUCCAGGACACCAGAGGGCAGUAUUAUCUAUGGACUGAGAAAUUCAGCUCUCUAAAUGAACUGGUGGACUACUACACAGUCAAUUCUAUUUCCAAACAGAGCUCCAUACGCCUCCUCUCUGAGCAGCUGGAGAGAAGACAAAAGGUAGAAGACAUGCAGAGCAGACCUCUCCCUCGUCCUGCAGAGCCUCUUCCAACUCCACAUAAUCACUUAAACUCUGCUUCAGAUCCCUGGCCGGUUCAUCAGGAGAGAAGAAAUAAAAUAGAAAAGGUGCAGAGCAGACCUCUCCCUUGUCCUGCACAGCCUCUUCCAACUCCACAGAGACACUUGGACACUGCAGAUUCUAAGUUGGCUGCUCUUAAAUGUUCUGAGAGAAGGCAUCAGAGUGGACCAUCAGGGCCACCGGGCCCACCUCCUCGUCCUGCAGAAAUGCUUCCACCUCCACAGGCAUCACUGAUGAAGGUUAAGGCUCUGUAUGACUUCAUAGCCGAGGAGCAGGAUGAGCUGAACUUCAGUGCCGGCGAUAUUAUAGAAGUUGUGGACCAACCAGAAUCCUUCUGGUGGGUUGGACAGCUACGAGGGAGGACCGGACUCUUUCCCACCAACUACAUCACUCCUUUAUGAGUGCAUACAGUCAGAAUCAAUUGUGUGGCUAUUUGUGUUUAUUUAAUUUAUCCCUGGUGUCUUUCUUGAGUGUUACUUUUACACAGAAUUCAGAGAUUUUGUGUUAGUUGUCCUGCCUUCCAAAUAAACAGUUUCAUAAUUUUAGACCUUCUUAUAACUGCAAUGUUUCAGAGAAUAACACAGAUGACACAUACACACUCGAUGACUGUACUGCAACUGUCAUUUAUUCCUGUUGUCAUGCCCCACCUUUGUUGAUUAACUUUUGAGCGAUGUACUCCAAUAAAACACAAAGAAUAGUA